AUGGAGUACCUGGGGGGCACAGCGGGUGUUGGGGCCGGGGGGCCGGUGCCCGGUGCCCCCCCGGGCCCCCCGACGUACCCGAUGAUGCGCCGCUCCGAGUACUCCUUGCGCUUGUUGACUCGUUUCCCUUCUCCUUUGCAGCCUCCUCUGGUCCAAGCCAUCUUCAACCGGGAUGUGGAGGAGGUUCGGUCGCUGCUGAAUCAGAAGGAGAACAUCAAUGUACUGGACCAAGAACGCCGAACACCGCUCCAUGCUGCUGCCUACAUAGGAGAUGUUGCAAUCCUCGAGCUCCUAAUCCUGUCAGGUGCUAAUGUGAACGCCAAGGACACGGUUUGGCUCACCCCGUUACACCGCGCCGCGGCCUCUCGGCACGAGAAGGCACUUCACCUCCUCCUGAAGCACUCUGCGGACGUCAAUGCCCGCGACAAGCACUGGCAAGCCGCUGCACCGUUGGCCGCGGCCAACCGGGCCACCAAGUGCCGUGGCCGGCCCUGGUGCCGC